AUGCAAUUAUCACAGCCUUUUUGUAACCGCAAUGGAAUUGAUAUUUGGCAACUCCUGGAAAACCGACUCCAAUCCGCGAAUUUCAACCGCCUCCUUUAUGCCGCAAGCUGGCUGGCUUACCCUUCGACUUCAGACAUCGACAAGGAAAAUCGAAUGCGCUAUCUCACGAAAAAGAAGGCACUCCUUGAUGCUAUGAAUACGAUGGUACAAGAAGAGUUCCAUUUGGCUGAAAUGGUUACAUGA